AUGUUCUAUUCCGAAGCAAUCUUGUCGCGGCGAGGGCCCCUCGCGAAAGUAUGGCUCGCCGCACACAUGGAGCGGAAGCUCUCGAAAGCCCAAACUCUGCAGACAGAUAUCGAGCAGUCCGUUGACGCUAUAAUGGGUCAGGAGGUUGAAGUGAUGGCUCUGCGACUCAGCGGCCAGCUGCUGCUUGGUGUGGUGCGAAUCUACAGCCGUAAAGCGAAGUAUCUACUGGAUGAUUGUAAUGAAGCACUGUUGAAGAUUAAGAUGGCGUUCCGUCCAGGGGUUGUGGACAUGACAGAGGAUCAACUCGCCGUUAACAGCAAUGCCAUCACGCUACAAGGAAACAACCUCGACCUCGACGCCUUGCUCCCCGACAUCAAUUGGAAUAUGGACUACGAAGAUCGGCCAGUACAGCCUGGCGGGCAGCAUAUUGCACGCGUGGCGGACAUCACGCUGGCCACCGCGGACGAUUUCCAGUUCGACUUCGACGAGCCAGGCUACGGCUUUGACCUCGGUCCGUCCGACGGCAUCGGUUCGCAGGAUUUCGAGGUUGAUCUCGGACUGGAUUUCGGUGACGGGCAUGUUAGCGUCCAGGGCACGCGCGCCGAGGACGACAGCAUGAGCGUCGAGGUGGGACGAGAUGCAGCGCCUCCGAGGGCGAUGCGGGAGUCAUUGGAUUCGCACCUCCUGGGGCGGCGCGGGGUGGAUGAAGAUGUUGAUAUGCUCUCGAAUAAGAGCAGGGAGCCGUCCGCGCAUCCCUUUGAUGCCGACAUGAAUUUGGAUUUUGGUCCGGAUAUUGGAGGGAUGGACCUUGACCUUGGGAUCAACUUUGGUGAUAACGUCCCCAGCGAGCAUGCGCCCACACCGCGUCUCACUCCCUCCCGUGCAUCCUCCCCUCUUACGGAACCUCCCCAGACUCCUCCGCCGGACGUCGAAUUGACUCCACGGGCCGACGCACAAGCAGCAAAGGCGAAGAAGAAGAAAGACAAGAAGCAGAUCAUCGACUCCGUCACAGAGCUCGCCGACGGUCCCGGUGCGAGAGUCGGCCGGGGACACAAUGCCGGCCUGGAAUCGCAACCGAAAGACGUGAGCAACAUCGUGAUGGAGCACCACUACCUGCCGCGGUCUCCGCUCGUCAUGCGCCUGCUGGAGAUUCGCGACGACCCCCUCGCACACUUCCUUCCCACUAAAGUGACACCUGCCGGGACGUUCUUCUGCGCCGCGCCGCCUGGGCUCGCACCAGAGCUGGCAGAGAUGUUUAUGCGGCCAGUGCAGAAUCUUGCUCCGCCGAAGCGCCGCGGUGCGUCUCCCGAGAAGAGCCCCAACAAGAGACGCCGUACCGAGGGCAGCGUGGCUGGUGAGGACGAGGUGGAGCUGGCGCGUCGCGCGGGGAGCGUGGCGCCGAGCAUGGCGUUGGGCAGCGACGUACUUGGACGGGCGAGCAUUGGGCCAGGCGUGAACGACUUCGGCUUUGACAAUACUGGAGGUGUUGAAGAUUUCCAGAUGGAGGUCCCGGAGUUUGAGAUGGGUGCAGUGCCAGGGAUGGAGCGGGCGCGCUCAAAGUCUCUUGCGCUCUCCGCACUGAGCCGUUUGUCUACCCCCGCUCCCGAGGGAGCGGCUGUGGAGGAGGGCGAGGAAACCUACGCGGACGUAGCAUGCCCCAUUGCGGCAUUUGACGACCGCUCGUCACGUUCGCAAACACAGAGCGAGGAGGGGUCGAGCGACGACGGGAAGGGCUACAGCAGGAACACCGUUAAGGCGCUGUCGAUCAUCCGCAGAGAGCUGCGGCCGACUCCCGGAGAAGAACACGACGAAGAAAAGGUGCUGAGCUUCAAGAAGAUGUCCGAGAAGGCUACUCGUCGAGCAGCCUCGUCGUUCUUCUUCGAGCUCCUCGUCCUCGGCACCCGUGACUGUGUCAAGCUGUCACAGGAAGUGCCGUUUGAGAAUAUCGAGGUGCGGGCGAAGGAUAGACUGUGGGACCGCCAGCGACACACGUCUGUCGCUCCCUCCGUUGUGUCGGCGUUGCGGCAGAGCUCUGUCGCGCCCUCUGUUACAUCUCCUAGGCGGCGUGGCUCCGUGGCUCCGUCGAUUGGUUCAGCUCUCGGGCUAUGA